CGGGCUUGGGGGGUGGGGGGGGGCCGGGAGGGAGGGGGCGCGAGGAGGAGGAAGCCCACCAAGUCCGGCGGCGGCGACGGCCGGGAGGCGGAGGCGGAGGACGCGGCGGCGGCGGCGGCGGCGGCGGGGACGCGGUGACUUGGGCCGCUCCGUGUUAUGAAGACAGCAUGGAGUUCCCAGACCACAGCAGGCAUUUGCUGCAGUGUCUGAGCGAGCAGAGACACCAGGGCUUCCUCUGUGACUGCACGGUGCUGGUGGGAGAUGCCCAGUUCCGCGCGCACCGCGCCGUGCUGGCUUCGUGCAGCAUGUACUUCCACCUCUUCUACAAGGACCAGCUGGACAAAAGGGACAUUGUUCAUCUGAACAGCGACAUUGUCACGGCCCCGGCCUUCGCUCUCCUGCUCGAAUUCAUGUACGAAGGGAAACUCCAGUUCAAAGACUUGCCCAUUGAAGACGUGCUGGCAGCUGCCAGCUAUCUGCACAUGUACGACAUCGUCAAAGUCUGCAAGAAGAAGCUGAAAGAGAAAGCCACCACGGAGGCCGACAGCACCAAGAAGGAGGAAGACGCCUCGAGCUGCUCGGACAAAGUCGAGAGCCUCUCCGACGGCAGCAGCCACAUGGCUGGCGACCUGCCCAGUGACGAAGAUGAAGGAGAAGACGAGAAACUGAACAUCCUGCCCAGCAAAAGGGACCUGGCGGGCGAGCCCGGGACCAUGUGGAUGCGAUUGCCCUCGGACUCCGCCGGCAUCCCCCAGGCGGGCGGGGAGGCCGAGCCGCACGCCACAGCAGCUGGAAAAACAGUAGCCAGCCCCUGCAGCUCCACCGAGUCUUUGUCGCAGAGGUCUGUCACCUCCGUGAGGGAUGCGGCAGAUGUUGACUGCGUGCUGGACCUGUCUGUCAAGUCCAGCCUUUCGGGCGUUGAAAAUCUGAACAGCUCUUAUUUCUCUUCACAGGACGUGCUGAGAAGCAACCUGGUGCAGGUGAAGGUGGAGAAAGAGGCCUCCUGUGAUGAGAGCGAUGUUGGCACUAAUGACUAUGACAUGGAGCAUAGCACUGGGAAAGAGAGUGUGGGCGCUAAUACCAGGGUACAGUAUGAGCCGGCCCAUCUGGCUCCGCUGAGGGAGGACUCGGUCCUGCGGGAGCUCGAGCGGGAGGACAAAGCCAGCGACGACGAGAUGCUGACCCCGGAGAGCGAGCGCGGGCCGGUGGAGGGCGGCAUGGAGAGCAGCCUGCUGCCCUACGUGUCCAACAUCCUGAGCCCGGCCGGCCAGAUCUUCAUGUGCCCGCUGUGCAACAAGGUCUUCCCCAGCCCGCACAUCCUGCAGAUCCACCUGAGCACGCACUUCCGCGAGCAGGACGGCAUCCGCAGCAAGCCGGCCGCCGACGUCAACGUGCCCACCUGCUCGCUGUGCGGCAAGACCUUCUCCUGCAUGUACACGCUCAAGCGCCACGAGAGGACCCACUCGGGCGAGAAGCCCUACACCUGCACCCAGUGCGGCAAGAGCUUCCAGUACUCGCACAACCUGAGCCGCCACGCCGUGGUGCACACCCGCGAGAAGCCGCACGCGUGCAAGUGGUGCGAGCGCAGGUUCACGCAGUCGGGGGACCUGUACAGACACAUCCGCAAGUUCCACUGUGAGUUGGUGAACUCCUUGUCUGUCAAAAGCGAAGCACUGAGCUUGCCCACUGUCAGAGACUGGACCUUAGAAGAUAGCUCGCAAGAACUCUGGAAAUAAUUUUAUA